GAUAUGCGUCUUUCAGGUGGCGCUUCUUGCGUGACGUAUUAACUAGUGGACGGAACAGCUUCCUCAACAACAAAACGGCUGAUUCAACCACCUCGGUAGCUUGCUAACAUAAAACCAAAACAUUGAAGCUCUGUAGAUCAUUGGGUUUGUAUUAACUUCAGUGUUUUUAACAUACUGUCUGCGUCUUUACUAGUUAUUCCAUUUAAUAUUUAAGUUGUUAGUCAGCUAGCUGACUGGUUAAAUUAGCCGAGCACUAGGCUAGUCGCUAAAGCUAACUAGCUAGUUAACAUCCCCGACCAUGAGUUCAUUAAGCUACUCCCCUCCUGCUAAAGAAGAGGAGGUCUGCUGGACGGAGAAAGAAGUUAUUGUGAAAGAGGAGAAGGAAGAGGAGGCUGUUACAGUUAAAAAGGAAGUAGAGGGUGAAGCUGUUACAGGGAAAGAAGAAGAAGCUUUCGGAGUGAAAGAGGAGGAAGAUAAACAAGAGAAUGUCGUUUUUGUUGAGGAGGAGAAUAUGACUGUAUUAGUAAAAGAAACGGAACAAGUUUUUGGAGUGAAGGAGGAGGGGGAGAUUACUGUCACAUUGGAGGAGGAGGAAGAAGAGAAUAAUGGAGAUCUGAUUAACACCAGAGAGAGACAAGACUCGGAGGAACCAGAGGCAGAGACGUCCAAACCAGCAAGACGACACCAGUGCUCCCAGUGUGAAAAGAGUUUUACCAAGUUAGGGAGCUUGAAAAUACAUAAUAGAAUACACACAGGAGAGAAGCCCUACCAAUGCUCCCAGUGUGGAAAGCAGUUUACCCAGUUAGGGACCCUAAAAUUGCAUAAUAGAAUACACACAGGAGAGAAGCCUUACCAAUGCUCCCAGUGUGGAAAGAGAUGUUCACAGUUAAGUUCCCUGAAAUCACACGAGAAAAUACACACAGGAGACAAGCCUCACAAAUGCUCUCAAUGUGGCAAUACUUUUAAGCGGUUAAGUAACCUGAAAGAUCAUGAAAGAGUACACACUGGAAAAAAGCCUUACCAAUGUUUCCAUUGUGAAGAGAGUUUUGGCUGGUCAAGGCAACUGAAAGCGCAUGAGAGAACACACACUGGAGAGAAGCCUUAUCACCACUGCUCCCAGUGUGGAAAGAGUUUUACCCAGUUAUGGAACCUGAAAGCACAUGAGAGAAUGCACACAGGAGACAAGCCUCACAAAUGCGCUAAAUGUGGAAAAUCUUUUAACCGGUUAUAUAACCUGAAAGUACAUAAGAGAAUACACACAGGGGAAAAGCCUUAUCACUGCUCCCACUGUGGUAAGAGUUUUAUCCUAUCAAGGGCCCUGGCAACGCAUAAGAGGACACACACAGGAGAAAAGCCUUACCAUUGCUCCCAGUGUGGAAAGAAUUUCACUGACUCAAGUAACUGGAAAAAACAUGAGCUAACACACUCUGUAAAGAAGCGUUUCCAGUGUUCUCGUUGUGAAAGGAGUUUUAAGAAGUUAGGGAAACUGAAGCAGCAUGAGAAAAUACACACUAGGGAGAAGCCUUUUGGAACUGCUCCCACUGUGGAAUGACAUGUACCUGGUUAAGGCAACUGAAAUUACAUGAAAGAAUCCACAUGGGAGAGAAACCUUACCAAUGCUGCUCCCAUUGUGGAGAGAGAGAUUUCACACAAACUUACAGUUCAUGAGUUAACACACUGCUCCCACAUUUGUCUAAUUUUGGACUGAAAGUUGGUGCUUUUGUGGUUUUGUUUAUGUCCUUAUUGCCAAAUGAAAUCAGAAGGAGAAAGCCUACUCAGAAAUACAUUUUAUGUUUUUUUAAUUUCCUGUUUUAGGGGGUUGGGUUGGAUACAGGAUAUGAACCUGGUUUAGGGGUUGGAUACAGGAUUUGAACCUGGUUUAGGAUUGGAUAAAUAGGCCUGAAGUUAAGAAAUGGGAACUUAUUGAGGAGGAUAGGCUACUCCAGAGAAAGGCGGGAAGGGUGAGGGUACCAAAGGAAGAGGUGUACCGAAAGAAAGUCAGUAAGCGAGAGGGUGCAGGAGUAGCAGUAACCAAAUUAAAAAGCUUCACCCAUAGACACAGGCAAGAAACACAGCAGGACAGAAAGAUAAAGGCCAGAGGCCCAGAACAGCCACCUUUGGGGGAGGUAACCUCUCCAAGCUAAUAGACGGAGAGAUGGCAGAAAGGGUUAGGAAAGAACUACUGUUGGAUGCCGGAGCAAGGAGGACAGGGCCCACGGGGAGGAAAGAGGGGUGCCCCAUAUGGGCACUACAAGCAGCAGAAAAAGCAGAAGUGAGAGAGAAGGAAAGACAGAGUGAAAGGGGAGUAGGGAACCCGCCUAACUGGGAGAAGAUGGAUCAACUCUCCAGGGAAGUGACGAGAUGCGAGGAAGCAGCAGGAGAUCUAAGGAGGGAGUUAAAAUAUGUAGGGGAUCAGUGAGUUAAGAUAUUAGGACCCAGCAGAAAGGACAAGAAGAGGGGAAGGAAGGGCUAUAACAGAUAGAAAUUGCUAACCCCAUUGUCCCCUGAUUCUAACCCCAUUGUCCCCUGUAUCUAACCCCAUUGUCCCCUGAUUCUAGGAAAGAGAUGUGAGAGAAGAAUCAGGGGGAGACCAAAGUAGUGACCUUCAGAUAAUUAUAGGAGAGUGGAGCAUGGAGUACAUGGAGUACAUGGAGUACAUGGGGGUACAUGGAGUACAUGGGGGUACAUGGGGGUACAUGGAGUACAUGGGGGAAUAUGUGAAACAUUGGCAUAUAUUCGAUAAACCGGACCUACACAAUUGUUGUGAAGGACACAUGUUAAGCUGGACAACAACUGACAACCUAGAUAUAUGUGGGGGUUGUGCAAAAAAGCUUAGAGGAUGAUUGCAAGGGAGACUUUCAUGGAGAGGGAGAGACUUAGAAAGUACGUGCCUAGAUUGCCUGACAGAAGGUAGAGACUGGCCUGGAGAGGGAGAGACUGAGAAAGUACGUGCCUAGAUUGCCUGACAGAAGGUAGAGACUGGCCUGGAGAGGGAGAGACUUAUAUUGCCUGACAGAAGGUAGAGACUGGCCUGGAGAGGGAGAGACUGAGAAAGUACGUGCCUAGAUUGCUUGACAGAAGGUAGAGACUGGCCUGGAGAGGGAGAGACUGAGAAAGUACGUGCCUAGAUUGCCUGACAGAAGGUAGAGACUGGCAUGGAGAGGGAGAGACUGAGAAAGUACGUGCCUAGAUUGCCUGACAGAAGGUAGAGACUGGCAUGGAGAGGGAGAGACUGAGAAAGUACGUGCCUAGAUUGCCUGGCAGAAGGUAGAGACUGGCAUGGAGAGGGAGAGACCUAGAUUGCCUGACAGAAGGUAGAGACUGGCCUGGAGAGGGAGAGACCUAGAUUGCCUGACAGAAGGUAGAGACUGGCAUGGAGAGGGAGAGACCUAGAUUGCCUGACAGAAGGUAGAGUCUGGCAUGGAGAGGGAGAGACCUAGAUUGCCUGACAGAAGGUAGAGACUGGCCUGGAGAGGGAGAGUCCUAGAUUGCCUGACAGAAGGUAGAGGCCUAAAAUGAGGUUGGUAGUAAAGAGAGGGAACACAUGGGAAGUGAGAACUGAUGGGGAAGAAGCCAGACUAAGAAUAAUGUACUUAGGACAAGAGAUAGAGUGGGAUAAAGACUCAGGUAGGAUAAGGAUGACAGGACUAAAUAAUGAAAUAUAUUACACAGGAUGGACCCAAAAGAACGGAUUCAUGGAGCCCUCGGUGCACCGGGUGUGACAGGGGCACCUAUGGAGAGUUGACUAGGCAGUCGGCCUCAGGGACUAAAAUAACAAGUCCCUUUUGUAAGCAUUGCUUCUGCAACAUGACCUGUCAUAGAGAUAAGGGCAUAUGGUAUCGGGAGGAAGAAGAAGAAGCUUGGCCCUUUGAAAGCACAUUUACGCAGCUUAUGCUAGGAGGUAGAACAGUAGCUAAAGGGCUUACCAGAGACUGGAGGUUUGUAAAGAGCAGGCACCUCAUAGAUAGGGAGGAGAAACAGACAGGACCAGUAUGGGAUGGUACAGGCACAGGAUGGGAAGGCUCUAGCAAUAAAAUAUUUAGGCAACGAGGAAAAGCAGGAAAAGAGUCAAGGGAAGAUCUUGGAGAGGGGGGGGGGGGGGCAAAAGGCAAAAAAGAACAGACCCCUCCCUCAGUGGCCGGUCCAGUUCCAGGGCCACAUUCAUGGGCUCUAAGGCCAUCUGUUGACUGGGGGAUAAAAUAAGAAAUCGCCACAACAGCAGGUGACCAGCAGAGGGAGCCAAAUGCAUGGGAAAUACAAGUACUGGGAAUUAAACAAGAACCAACCUACAGGGAGACUGAGGAGGAGUGGUAUGAACCGACCUACAGGGAGACUGAGGAGGAGUGGUAUGAACCGACCUACAGGGAGACUGAGGAGGAGUGGUAUGAACCGACCUACAGGGAGACUGAGGAGGAGUGGUAUGAACCAACCUACCAAGACAACGCCUCAACGCAUGAAUACCUAUGGGCAUCAGUGCUGAAGGAACUAACAUUGGACUAAGUGCUACUUAAUACGUAAUGUAAUGGCACACUGUGUUAAGAUAGAUUCUACUCCCGAACAUCUUCCCCCAAACGGAGUGUCUAAAAGAGGUAUAAAAGGAGGAUAGAUCAGUGCCAAGGCAUGAUCCUCAACCUAUAUGAUUUGGACAUCAUAGAGAAUCAUCAGACCAGGUAAAUUACUUGUACUAUACUCUGUUUGUAUUGACUACUUUGAUCUCAAGGCGCGAGCAAACUAUUGACUGGUAUAUCUUAAAUAAUUGUGUUGUACACUGGAAUCUCACACCUUAUAAAAAGAAUAAGUGAACGAGUUUGUGUACAAGAGGACUUCACCCCUCAACAGCGCGAGGCGCGGACAAAUCUAGAUAGCAACAACGUUCCAUCUUUGGUGUGUCAGUAACAAUCGCAGUUCGGCAAGAUUGGAAAAGCCCAGAAAUAGUUAAAGCCUCGUAGUAGCCAAGAGUCGAUAAAAAGCAAUCAAUUACUAAACAGUAGGCAGUAAAAACCAUUCGGACUAAAUAAGAAGAUUAUAGUCGUAUAAACAGCAGAGGUCAAAAUAUUACUACUCUUAUAAAGAGCAGUUUCGGGAAGGACCAAGGGAACAGAGCGUCAAGGUAAAUAUAUGGGUGUUUGCUUUGUUUAAAGAGUCAUAAAGAAGUGUGUUAAGCUUUUUACCUUUGCAGAUAUGACUUGGCAUAGUACAGCACAUAGCAUAGCACAUAGCAUAGCACAUAGUACAGCACAUAGUAUAGCACAUAGCAUAGCACAUAGUAUAGCACAUAGUACAGCACAUAGCAUAGCACAUAGCAUAGCACAUAGUAUAGCACAUAGCACAUAGUAUAGCACAUAGCAUAGCACAUAGUACAGCGCAUUAAGGAUUGAUUGAGCAUUAUUGAUGUAUUAGGAAACUGUAGAACCAUUGAAUUGUAAUAACGUGUAUAAAGACAAAAAACAGAGUGACUUAAUAAAAGCUUGAAACUUUGACAACUAGGCCAGAUUAACGAUCUGGAGAGCAAACGCCUUUGACACUCUCACUGAACAGAAAGUGACCCUGGUUAUAGGUUAAAGUGAUUGCACUAAAGAAUA